AUGCAGACGAACCACGAUGACGACCGUCCCAGUGGCAGGAACUCCACUGAUCAGACUUUGGUCAGCGACGUCCCUUCCUUUGUGAAUGGCAAAAUAUCAGCAGUAAAGAUAUCUGAUAUCGCUCUGCGCAACCUUCCAACAAUUGGGAUUAACCCAUUGGACGACCGAUUCUCCGUACAUAUUAUCGUUGGUGGUCAGCUUCAGAGGACAAGUACCGCAGGGUGGUUGACCUCAUCCUGGCGCCAAAAGUAUCGCUUCAAUAUAAUCGAGUCGCCCACGAUCGUCUUCGAUGUUUUCGCACACGACUUACUACACAAACCCAAGAGAAUUGGCACGUUUGAAGACACAUUCGAAGCAUUGUUGAGGUGUCCAAGCCCCAUUGGUCGGACUAUCAAGCCGUAUGGAACCCAAGAUCACAAAGUGUGGAUUGAGUUCAAGAUUACGCCAUCUUCUAGUUUCGAAUGGCUGCGAAUUUGCAAUGUUGAUUUGCAAGGUUUGCCCAGAAUCAGCCGUAUCCAUACCGACGCUUUCUUUGUUCAAUUCGUUGUGGAUGACACUACCCUAGAAACUAGCCCCAAAAAAUCCAAACAAGGGCACUACAGGUGGACAAACAACUAUCAACUGCCGUACAACAAUGCAUCACAAGCUUCGCUAGAAAUCAUUGCAAAACGUUACUUGCAUUCUGACGAAGCAAUCGCUGCGUUGCGUUGCCCACUAAAGCAAUGGCUUUCUGCUCCUGGUGGCGUUGUUCGCCAAACGCUUAGGUGCCCAAAGGGUGCAGACAUUCAUGUAGAAUUCAACAUUUCUCAAGUGUCAGGAGUUCCUACCGCAUAUAACUAUCGCGAGGAGGACCUUAGCCAUACAGCGGAUGAGCAAAAUGUCCUGGACAUCACGCUGAACAAGCGGAUCGAUGCAUUGGAUAUUUCUGCUGUCAUCCUGGACCUGGACCGUGUUCCUAGAUUCGGGAAGUUGUCUUGUGACGAUCGAUUCUUCCUUGAACUCUCUGUGGAAGAUAAAGGAGAGUCUCAAACGAUCAAGUCAGAAGGGCACCAAGAAAAUAGGUCUUUUACUUGGGACACAGUGUUCACUUUGGGAGUCUCUCAGACCUCUAGAUUCAUGUUUCGGGUAUUCGGUUACGACGGAAAAGAUAGGAAAGAGAUAGUCAUCGGCAAAACCAUUUUUGGAAGCCUCGAUGAGCUUCUUCAGCCCAAGGGCGUUGUACGACGACAACUCACAUCAUCUGCCACCUUUUUGGGCACGGAUGCACCGACUUUAUCAUUUAGAGCUGCACGGCCUGGUGUCACGUUGGCAGGAUCUCAGCUUGCAAGUCCCGUCAGGCAGGAAUUUUCUGCGGCAGCCAAUCGUGUCGCGGAUCUAAUUCGUCAGGGGAACAUUAAAGAACACCACAGUAUCAUCCACGAUGCUAUAACCCAGGCUGUCGGUAGCGUUCAUGGUGAUGUAUAUCUUUCGCCUCUUCUGGCAAAGAUCGGCGUCUUCGUUACAGUAGCGGAAAGAUUAAGUAGUAUUCAUCCUUAUGCGAAGAUGGCAUUCACGAUACUUACCAGUGCUUAUGAGGUCAUAAGAUCGCGAGCCAACUGCGACCGCGGCAUCCGUCGAGUCCUACAUGCGAUGCGAGAAACAUACGACCUUAUUACAUCCGUAGAUGCACUUCUGCGCCUGCAGGAGCGAGAGCAGAUCCUCCAUGACAUCGCCCAGCAAACAGUAAAUUGCGCAUACUUCAUCCGCGACUACGUCGACAACCGAAGCAAGCUGGUGCAAGCGAUUACGAAUUCGAUACUGAACGCUGAAACCGAAAUAAAACAACACGAGGACGCAUUCAAAGACUUAAUGCACAAAUUUCACCUACAAUUAUCGAUUAAUACGCACGUCACCGUUUCCAAAGUACACGAGGAACUUCAUGAUCACGCCGCAAAGGCAAUUCUUCGAGAUAUGGCCUACGCAAAUGACGCCAGAUGUAUAACAGCAUGUUCCGCUACCGCAACAUCUUGUGCGACUACGCCUCCCCCAGCUGAUGUCAUAGCAUCAAUACAGAGCUGGGUAAACGGCGAGAGUAAAGAUUCGGAGAGAAUUUGCGUUGUUUACGGUCCAGAAAAGCCGUGCAGGGCCAUUGCACAGCUUGUUGGAGAGCAUUUCCGCCUCGCCUCGAGACUUGGCUCUUCAUAUUGCUUCCGAAAUCCGAGAACUUCUGAAAAUCGGACGUACGCAAACUUGUUCUCGACGAUCGCCCGCGACUUGGCAGAUCACCAUGUCCAGUUUAAGGAAAACCUCCAGCUCGCCGUGGCUGACAAUACAAGCCUACGGAAGACACAGGAUGUGAAAACCCAAUUUGAGGGAUUCGUCCUCGCUCCCUCUAGAGAUGUCGUCUUGACCGGACCGCUCUUGGUAAUCAUUGAUGGCCUGGAACUAGGAGGAAAUGAAGCGUCAAGGAAGGAUGUAUUGGCUGUCCUUGCAGGAAAAGGCUCCAAUCUUCCCAGAAACCUCCGAUUUCUGAUCACUUGCCGCCCGGAGGAGGAUAUAUGCAAGGCCUUUCGCCGCUUACCGCAUAUCGUACGCCGGCAACUAGGAGAAACUAGCUUUACUGCUAAACAGGAAGAAUCAAAUCGUUUCGGCGCGGAAAAUCAUGUAUUGCCCAAUACUUUAUCUCCAUCGCCCCCCUCCCUCGCCCCCGCCUCUUCCCCACCACCCAACCUUGAAGAUCGGCAAGAAUCCACGUCGUCCCGCUCAUCGUCGGAGAGCUCUACCUCGGGACUUACGUCCUUUACUCAUGACAGAGCUGCUUCACCCAUUACCAGUGUUGAAAGUGCGGGAUUUGAUGAAGAAGAUGCACUCAGCAAAGUAUGUCCGCGCCUGAGUGCAACGUCCGCUAUGUGA